AUGCGUAAAAUGACACGCUCUAUCAAUGAUGGAAAUACGCUUGCUUCUCUGCUGAAGCAGAAGUACAAAAGAGAAGCCGAGUUCAGCUCAAAAACUUUCUUCAGUGAACAACUUACGCUCUCACCGAGCAUGAUGGCCUAUUACGGGCCUAUACAAAUUGGAACCCCUCCUCAAUCAUUCCUGGUGCAGUUUGACACUGGCUCACCAAUUCUGUGGGUCCCGUGCAAGGGAUGCGGAGAUGCUUGUAAAAGUCAUCGC